GUGCCGCCUCCAGCUUUGCAUCCCCGGUGCCUCACGCGCCUCAUAGUCCUCACCCUGCCACAGCCCCAGCUCCGCUUGUCCCGUCAGCCACCAGACUGGUGCAUUUAUAUCGCUCUGUUGUUGCUGGAGCCGGCGCUAGGCUGCUUGCUCCUCCUCUUCCCCGGGAAGUGCCCUCCCCUCGUUUUAGGGCCAGCGCUCCAGCUCGUGUUCCAAGUCCUCAGCCUGGCUCUGAGAGGUUCCUGCACACAAGGCCGAAGAGUGCGGGCAGCACAGUUCCCGAGGCAUGGCUCACGCGGGGCCGGACACAGCUGGACUGAGUGGAGCUUCAAGAAGGGGGGAUUCUGAAAAAGAGGGCUCUUCAGGGCUUCUCAGGAGCCAGGUAGGGAGAAAUCUACACUUCCUAGUGGACCUAGACCUGUAGUUCUGGCCAAGGGGCUGGGAUGAGAGAGAAGCGAGAAGGCUUUGGGGGGGCGGGGAGAAGGGGAUGGAGGAGGUUGGUGGUUGGAGGAAGUGGAGAGUCUGAGAAAGGCCAGGAUGACAGGCUGGUGUGACAUUGAGGCUGAAAUGGGCAAAGUGAUCCAACUUGGGGUCCCCAGUGCCUAGGAGAGUUGACCCCUUGAAUAGAGGUGUGAAUGUGAAAGAAGAAACAUGAGGCCUGCUCACAUGGACGCGAGGGCUGGUUCUGAAGAGCAAAGGUGGACGCCGAAGUCCUGAUCCUUGGCUGGGACAGAAGAAUCCACCUGUGAGAGACUCCUUCCUGAGUUCAUCCCAUCUGUGCCCCUGGGAGGGUGAAGCUGAAGGGGGCACUAAAGACCCAGUCUGAUACCAUGGGGAAACCUGGGAGUUAGCAGGAAGAUUCCAAGCCAGCACGGAUUUUGGCUUCAGAAGAGGUGCUGAGUACAGGCUGGUGUCAUGCUUGUGUUAGUAACCUCUCUCAGUGACUCAGUGCUUGCUGAUUCCCUGGCUACAAAAAAAGCGAAAGUGAAAUAGAGGGGAGAGGGACAGUGCUUUCCCAGAAGGACUUCACUAAUCCUGCCCUUCCCAGAACCAGCUCCAGCGAAGAGGGCUUUGCUUCUCUUUGUGACGGGCAGCCCAGAGAGGAAGUUGUUACAGAUAAAUAGAACCAGGCACGCCAGCUCCUGACACAUCCGUCAAGACCAUGAGACAGAACUGGACACCAGAUCGUAGCCCUUUGCUGGUCCUGCUUCUGUGUGCCCACAUGGUCUGUCACCUGGCUGGAGCCACACCUAUACCUCAGGCCACUGCCACUGCCUCAACUGGGAUCACAAAGGACCCCUGCCCUUCCUGGCUCCCAACAGCUAAGCAGUGCCCAGCAUUGGAGGUGACCUGGCCGGAAGUGGAAGUCCCACUGAAUGGAACGCUGACCUUGUCCUGUGCCGCCUGCAGCCGCUUCCCCUUCAGCAUCCUCUACUGGCUGGGCAAUGGCUCCUUCAUCGAGCACCUCCCAGGUCGGCUGAGAGAGGGCAGCAGCAGCAGGGAGUACCGGGGUGCACGCACCCAGCUACGGAGGGCCCUGGUGCUAGAGGAGCUGAGCCCCACCCUGCGCAACACCAACUUCUCCUGUGUCUUUGCUGAUCCUGAGCAGACCGCCCAGCGUCACGUCAUCCCAGCUCAGCUCUGGGCUGGGCUGAAGACCGUCAUGCCUUCUGUUCAAGAAGCCCCGCCCUCCAGCAGGUCCCCCCUGCCUCGUCAUCGCGACAGGUGAACUCCAAAGCCUGGCUGAGUCGUCACCUCUUCACUGAGGUCUACAUGCUCUUGCAGCGCUGGCCUCCCUCUAAUGGACUGUCCCAGGGAAGGGAUGGGAUAAAUGCUACUUCUGAUCCACAGCUGCAUCUUUGUCACACCUGGCAGGGCCCACAGUGGGCAUGCAUAAAUGGUUUUUCAAUGGAGGCAUGACAACACCUGCUCUGUCA